AAUAGAUCUAUCAAUUUCGUCGAUUUUGUCAAUCAUGCUGAUUGACGUUUUAAAAAAGAAUUGUUAUAACUUUGCAAAACUUUUUGGAAAUCUCAUGAAAAUUGGACUUAAGGAAUUCCAUGUCACUGUACACUAACGCCCUCGUGGUAAAUACCAAUUUGGCUUCGUCUUCGAAGCAUGUGUACGUAUUGUUGAAAGAUCAGUCAAGAUCAGUACAAAAGUUAAUGAUUAAUACGUGAUUACAAUAAAAAUCACAAUGAACCCACCAGUGGGCAAAAGAGAGAGAUACCAUGAAAAGACACCAGUUGGUAAGAAAAAAAACAGGCACUCUGGAAAGGUGCCAAUUAAUAAAACAGUACUAGCGAAAUAUUCUAAAGGUCCGGGACUUGAGUUAAGACGAAAGACAAGUGCGAUAAAAAAUAAAGUUCUGAGGGAGAAACUAAAACAGAAAGAGCGAGCUAUAGAAGAACAGGUGGAAGCUUCUGCUCGGACGGAGUUACUAUUGACGGAAGAGCAUGGCUAUAUGGAAGCAGAACCUGGAGAAGUCACUACUGAGUAUCGACAGAAGCAAAUAGUGGAGAAUGUGGAUAUAACAAGUGCGGCUAAACGUUUCAAACUGGAUCUGCAGUUUGGUCCGUACUGCUUUAGAUAUACCAGAAAUGGUAGACACUUGCUCUUAGGUGGGAAACAAGGUCACGUGGCAGCUUUUGACUGGGUGACGAAGAAGCUGGCCUGUGAAAUAAAUGUGAUGGAGUCUGUGCAUGAUGUUACGUGGCUGCAUCUGGAGACCAUGUUUGCGGUAGCGCAGAAGGAUUGGGUUUAUGUAUACGACAAUCAGGGAAUAGAGUUACAUUGCCUGAAAAGAAUGAACGGUGUGACGAGAUUGGAAUUUUUGCCAUAUCACUUUUUGCUUGCCAGCGGAUCAAAGGAUGGUCACAUGGCUUGGUUGGAUAUAUCUAUAGGCAAGCAGGUUGCUCGUUAUAACUCCAAUUUGGGUAGAAUAUCUGUGAUGACCCAGAAUCCAAGUAACGCAGUGUUAUGUGUGGGCGACUCGAAAGGAAUAGUAUCUAUGUGGUCUCCAAACUCUCAUAAACCAUUGGCGAAAAUGCUUUGCCAUCACCAAUCAAUUAUGACGUGUACCGUUCAUCCAUAUGGGACUUACAUGGCAACCAGUUCUAUAGAUAAAUCUGUGAAGAUAUGGGAUGUCAGGCAAUUAACAGGGCCGGUGAGCCACUUGCACCUUCGUUCACCCGCUCAUCGUAUGUCUUACAGUCAGCGUGGUUUGCUUGCACUUGGAAUGGGCAAUGUAGUUGAAGUUUAUAGGGAAACUUCUGGCGAUUUCAAGCCAUAUUUGCGACAUAGAACUGCUCGCAAUGUGAACUGCGUGAGAUUUUGCCCAUAUGAAGACGUCUUGGGAAUU